AUGGAGCAAUCUAGAUUGUUGGAUUGUCAUGGUUUGAUGGACGAGAUUAAUUGGAUCUGCCCCUUUGGGUCUUUCUAUAUUGGUAUAAAUAUAAAUUAUAAGGUGUGGUGUAACUUUGUAGGGAAUGCGUGGAAAGCCCUAUUUGAUUUAGCUGGGGGUUUGAUACGGGAGUACGAUCAAGAAGCUAUGGUAUCCGUAAGCAAAUUUGUCGAUCAGUUACCAUCAGUAAUGAAUCAGGUUACAGAAGGUGUAUCUGAAUUCAAGCCAACACCACCUGAGAACCGUGAAUUCUGCAAGAGUUCUUACAGUGUAGCUAAUACAUUAUUGGUGAAAUUCAGCGUUGAUGCUAUUGAUGAUACAGACAUAAUUGAGGACAUCUUGAGACCCCGGGUAGACUCAAUUGGUGGACAAAUAAAGAAGGUCGUACUGUCAGGAACACAUCUAACUCCGUGUAUACAGGAUGUUAAAUGGCAGGUUGGUUCAGAAUACACUCCAGCGGAUGCUCUGGCGCAGGGCUUAAAAUCAUUGGCUCUCAAUGAGACUAGGGUCCUCUCAAGAACUAUCGCUGACUACUUCAGAUCCCUUUAGAAGCUUAGAGUAUAAUUUAUUCUAUGUCCAUUGAAGUUCAGAAUGCUGCUUAUGAAGUUGGCUGGGGCGUGGGGGAUUGCCAUUAUAAGGACACACCGGAGUAAAUAUUAUAGCACCUACGACUCUGAAGAGCGAUGUAUUUGGACCGAGUUGAGUACGUUGGCACCGGCAGGCCGUACCACCUCUAUAUGGUCUGAUCAAGAUUUGGAGGUUGGGACCAAGUUGUUGGACUCUAGUCAGGCUAUACACUGCAUUUAACCCGAAAUCCAAGAGAACAACGAUCCAUUCUCAGGUAUGGCACCAGCGACGCUGAGUUGGUCGUAUACACCUUCCAGCAGGCAGGCAGGCAGGCAAGCAAGUCUGUCCAUGCACGGCCUUCUUCUGGUUGGCGUUUUACGUGUAAUACGACAAUAUAUACAUCAUCAUGUGUAGAUUGCCAUGUUUUAUAGUCUGUAUAAUAGUAACAUUUGGGACA